UCGAAUUUCUCUGUUGGUCUCUCAACUCAAGAAAGGAAGCGAAAGACGGUCCCACCUUUUCUCGUUUCAUCUUCACCCUCGGGCAGACAGAGAGAAAGAGAAACGGAGAGAGAUAUGCUUUCUGUAAUGCUGGUGCGUUCUCUCGUCUUGGGAGAAAACAUCAACGAUCCUCUCCUUCUAAAUCGAAUUGCCCAUCAUCAUCAUCAUCAUCAUCAUCAUACCCAUGAUGUUGAUGAUGAUGAUCAUGGUCAUGACCAUCAUCAUCAUAGGGCAUGUCUCUUCUUCAUACCCACCCAUGAAAUCAUCCAUGACACAUACAAGCUAGCCACCAUAGCUAGAGACAUGGGCAUGGACUUCACCCCAAACGCUUCCCUCACCAACAUCCUCUUCUCAUGGCCAUCAUCAUCAUCAUCUCCCAUCACCAUCAUCCCUCUCCCAUUCCCAUCUCUCUCCUCUGCUUCCAUCUCCCACCUCCGUCGCUUCACCCGUAUCUCCAAAGGCCUUUUCAAGCUCGUUUCUUGCGAUCCCACCGCGACGAAUCAUCACAACCGUUCAUCUUCUCCUCCUCAUCCUCUCUCCCUCUUUUCCCGCCUCAACGGAGAGAGAGUCGACGACAUGGAAGCCUUCUUCCGUAUACUCGCGGGGAACGGCUGGACUCUCUUCAAGACUAAAAUCGACGGUGGGGAUUUGUUUGUGUUCCGGAAGAUGGAUCCAGAUCGACUGAGAGUUCGGUGGUCUAAGGGACUUGGGAACGUUGGUAAGUCCCCUUCUCGUGGGGACUGUCGUAGGGUGAGAGAGGUGAGGUUGCCUCCUUUGGAUUUUCGCCACGUGUCGCUGCGGAUCUUGCAUUACAUCCUUCUAAUGACGGACGGGCUCUUCUAUCUCGCAUAACUGAACGGCCUUGAUUACGACGAUGACGAUAAUAAGAGCCUGCCGCGACUCCGGAUCUAGCGUGUGCCGCUGACCUAUGAUUUCAACCGUCCAUAUUGUCGCUAUUACCAUGAAUAAGACAUUUCCCAUCAUCCUAGCCUUCCAUUCGUAGAGUUGAAUGACAGCCAUUGAAAAUUUUCUUUCCAUUGUUCUAAAUUCAGCUGCAGAUGGCGAUGACCACAAUAUGGACGGUUCUGAUCAUUUGACCACUCAACAUGUGGCGGCAGCGGCACGUAGGCAAAACGAACUUGGUGGGCUGUUCCUUUCUUGUAAAGAAAGGUUUUUCCGAUUCUGAAAAAAAUAAGUUUUUAAUUUUUAUAUAGAGAAAUAAUGCGGUGAAUCUGACUGUUGGUUACCUGUUAAUAUUUGAUCCGACGGCUGGGUGGGUUUCUUUGUAUGUCCACGAAGGACGUGGUUCUUGCAGCACUCACUGACGUCUCAAAAAGAAAGAUGGCCACGUGCGCCUGUCGUAUGAGCACUACUGUAAAAGCCCAUUAUUCUCUAUGGAAAAUGAAAGGGACGCGGAUUGCGU